CUCUACCCGAACAACUUUUUAAAAAGUAGCUUGCACCGUACUGUCCGCCGCCAAGCUCCGGCUGCCGUCGGUGAGAUUUCGCUUUUCACCAUCUUCUCGGUCGAAUUCAGCCUCUCGCUUGAGGUUCCUCUCUUUCUGGAUGACUUUCUCUUUUGCGGUCUCCUCCUCGCGGUUGCUGCUCUCUUCGAUUCCGGUAGUGCCACGGCGUCAUAAAACUCCAUUUCCACCUAGCUUCUCACCCAAUUUUCCUGGCCAAUCUAAAAUCAGGAAGGUUGUUAAAAUGUCUGCCACUGACAUCGCAAGCUCUACAAUAUCAUCUAAGUCCUUUGCAAUUAAGCCUCCCAUACAUCCCACUUAUGACUUGAAGAACAUAAUCAAGUCAGCACUUGCAGAGGAUGCUGGUGAUCAAGGUGAUGUUACAUGCUUGGCCACCAUUCCAUUUGACAUGGAAGUGGAUGCUUAUUUUUUGGCAAAGGAGGAUGGCAUUAUUGCUGGCAUUGCACUAGCAGAGAUGAUAUUUCAUGAGGUUGAUCCAUCUUUAAGGGUGGAGUGGUCUCAAAACGAUGGAGAUUAUAUUCAUAAAGGGCUCCAGUUUGGAAAAGUUCAUGGAAGGGCGCACAACAUUGUAGUAGCUGAAAGGGUAGUGCUAAACUUUAUGCAGAGGAUGAGUGGCAUUGCAACCUUAACUAAGAAAAUGGCAGAUGCAGCAUACCCAGCAUAUAUCUUGGAGACCAGAAAAACUGCUCCAGGUUUACGACUAUUGGACAAGUGGGCGGUACUGAUUGGUGGUGGUCGUAACCAUAGGAUGGGUUUGUUUGAUAUGAUAAUGAUAAAAGAUAAUCAUAUAUCAAUAGCUGGAGGUUUAACUAAUGCUCUUAGAGCUGCUGACCUGUAUUUAAAGGAAAGGGAUCUCCAAAUGCCAGUAGAGGUUGAGACCAGGACACUUGAGGAAGUGAAAGAAGCAUUACAUUAUGCAUCCCAAACAAAGACUUCUCUUACCCGAAUUAUGUUGGAUAAUAUGGUUGUGCCUCUAGCAAAUGGGGAUGUUGACAUAUCUAUGCUUAAAGAAGCUGUAGAGUUGGUCAAUGGGAGAUUUGAGACUGAGGCAUCUGGCAAUGUUACUAUUGAAACAGUACAUCAAAUUGGGCAAUCUGGAGUAACCUACAUUUCAAGUGGUUCACUAACUCAUUCUGUGAAAGCACUUGACAUCUCCCUAAAAAUUGAUACUGAGCUGGCACUUAAAGUUGGAAGGCGUACUGGAAGAGCCUAAUUGUGCUUCAUUGAAGUUUCUCACUAAUAACGUAUGUUAUCUAGACUCCUGAUGCAAUAAAUUAUUGCCAAUUCUCGCUUUUCUGCGUUCAAAAAUGAUGAGGCGUCCACUUGCGGAUGGUGUCUAAAUUGCAGCGUUGUCUGUAACCUAAAUAAAAUGACUGUAUACUAGUCAGAUUGAACAUAUAUCACAUACUUGAAACAAACUUCGUUUCUUUUUUUUUCUUUCUUGGACCUCUUUUUUUACAUCAGUUUUAAGUAGUGACCAAAGCAUAUCAGAUAAGUUACAGUUUGACCAUUUUGUGGCUGUAUGCUGUAUGAUUGGUAAUAGGAUAACUGUUGUUCUACGUUAUGGAUCAUGGUGGAAGCAUGUCUUGGCAAUGAAAGUAUGCUUUAUCUGUC